GGUUUUCAACCUUGUACAUUUUUGCAUGUUCAGUUAAUCAUCAAUAAGUCUUAUGAAAAAUGACACUUGACUGGCAUUUGGUUCUUAACUGUUUUUUUUAAUAAGCCAUCCCUCUUGUAUAAGCUCCAGUCUCUUAUGAGCUCCUUGUCAAGAAAGUGCCCUAAAUAUUUUAUGGGCCACUCGAGGCUUAUUUGGGUGCUUAAGGUAAAAUACCCAAUAUUAAAAUUUGAUGGUUUGAUUAAACAUAUCCUUUCAAAAUUUAUGUUGAAAACCAAACUUUAUUAAAUAGUAACCAAAGACAUAUAACUAGAGAGCAUUCUAUGGGAGCAAUUAAGAGAUGGUAAUUUUUGACAACCUUAAUUAUACACAAAACAUUAUAUUACAACAAGUAUAAAGUUUUCACUUAAAGAUGUUAUUUUCAGACCAUGGAGAACUUUUCAGAGCAAGAAGCAUUGAAGAAAAUGUAGACAAUAACACCAUAUCUGUCAAGGCCUCAGAAGGAUUUUCAGUACAAAAUGUCAGCAAGGCAACUCUGAAGCUUCCAUUAGGUGACAUGCUUUGUAGUUCUGAUGAAGCUCAGCUUAUGAGGUUGCUUAUAGAAUUGAUUAAGGCCAAAAAGGUUAUCGAAAUAGGUACUUUCACUGGUUAUAAUACACUAAGUAUGGCCAUGGCUCUGCCAUCUGAUGGCAAGGUUGUGGCGUGUGAUGUCACAGACAAGUUUAUGAAAGAGGUUGAUUAUGAUCGUUACUUCCAAGAAGCUGGUGUUGAGUCAAAAGUUGAAUUGAAGAUACAGUCUGCCCUCACUACUCUAGAUGAACUUAUUGCUGCAGGAGAAGCUGAAAGCUUUGAUCUUGCUUUUAUUGAUGCUGAUAAGACUGAAUAUGACCAGUACUAUGAAAAAUCUUUGCAGCUUCUGCGGCAGGGAGGGCUGAUAGUAGUUGACAAUGUUUUGUUGAACGGUUCAGUUUGCGACCCUAAGAAAAUAGCGACAAAUCCAAGGACAAGAGCAAUACACAACUUGAACAUGAAACUUCACAAAGACACUCGUGUCACCAUUAGUUUGAUUCCCUUUGCAGAUGGUGUGACAAUAGCAAUGAAGCUCUAAAAUAUUAUCAAUAAUUAUUAUAGACUGAUUGUUUCAAACGUGUCUAGUCAUUGGUUAAGCAUAUAGCCUUGAAAGCUUGAAUAAAGUUUGCGUAAAAGAGAAGAUUCUUUUGAAA